AUGGAAUCUAUCAGAAACGCAGCAACCGCCGCCGCUAACCUCGUUGGCUUGGGUGGUAACACUGAGGAGACCAGAGAAGGCGAGACCAGCCACAUUGCUGGCGGUGAAGCUCCCCAGAACGUCGCUACUGGCACAUCGCAAUCUGGUGUCGAGCCUGUCUCAGGCAGACUUGGUCGUGGAGAGGCUGGUGAGCCCUACGACGCUGGAAACGUGGAUGGCGCUUCAGGACUCGGCAACACUUCCUCCGACUACACUUCUCAGUCGACCACCAGUCACAGCACAGGCACUGGACUCGGCAGCGGUUUGACCGGUAGCACCGGACUCACAGGUCCGAGUGGCAACAGCGGACUCACCGGCUCAGGCCUCGGUUCGAACACCACCUCUUCAUACAACACUUCUUCCUCCUCCGAACCUCUGUCAGAAAAGGUCCGUGAGACCUUCGGCGUUGGUGGCAGCAACAAGCAAGGCACUGGCUUGGGCGGCCGUAACGACGACCCUGGAUACGGCACAGCUUCAAAGCGUGACAACAACAGCUCCCUCGGCUCUGCCGUCGGUCACGGAUCCAACCCUGACACAUACGCAUACAACUCAAAGACCGCCCCUGGACUCGGUGGACACCGCAUUGGUGACGACUUCACAAGCUCUAACACUAGAAAUGAGGGAAGAGACUCUCUCCCUACCAACUUGGGCUCUGAUGUCGCUGCAGGCAAAUCAGGAGGUCACUCUUCAUCUGGAGGCCUGACAGGUCGCUCCGACAACGACAGAUACUCAUCCAGCACCGGCGGCGAAAGCCUCACUCAAAAGGCCAAGGACUACCUCCCUGGCACUGAUACUAGCAGCCACUCAAGCUCUCAGCCAGACUCGGCACGCGCUGCCGCCAGAGAGGUCAUCUCCGGUUCUGGCCGCAAUGAUGGUUACAACAGCUCUUCCACCUACGGAUCCAGCAACACCUCAUCUCUACCCGUCCGCUCUCAGGAGUCAACCUUGACCGGUGACAGAGGUCUUACUGGCAGUUCUGGCAUCGGAAGCACCGGAUCAUCUGGUCUUACUGGCACCGGCUCUUCAGGCCUCACUAGCGGUCUAACUGGCUCCAGCACCACCAGCUCAGGUCUCACUGGCUCGCACGGUCAUGGCCACAGCCACAGCCACGGUCUCCGCGACGUCGUCUGUGAAGAAGAACGCGAAGGUUACGUGCCCCACGGCGGUCACCCCAUCGGCGAAGCCGCCCACAGCACCGAAGAUGGCAAGCAAACCUGGCUCGACUACCGUAACGACCCUACCCUCCCUGUCGCCCGCGCUGAGCCUGCCGAUCGCUAG